AUGUUGACAGACACGAAAGUAACAUCGGAUAAUUUGGAAAUUUAUUUUAUUUUAAUUAAUAUUUAAAAUUCCGUACCAUUCAACCGGUUCGUCGGUAUUUGUAUCUGUAAAUCAAAGGGAUAUUGUGCUUAGAUUAUCAAAAAACAUAACUCGAGUGCUAGUGUUAAAGAGUAUUGACUGUUGCGGAACAAGGGCAAAUUCGUGAAGUUUCCAUGGUCUUAUACGAGGAAUGGCCGAUUUUAUCGACGAGGCUAGUACAUCACAACGUGGACAGUAGUUUUACGGCCGGCCGCCACCAUCGAGGCCGGCAAAGGUCAUGACGAGGUUCCUUUCUACAAGUGCGAACCCGAGUGCGAUACAGGCGUAUGAGAUGACACCGGAAGGGGGCGUGGGGUUGGGCGGCGCGUGCGCCGACUCGGCCGGCGCCCUCAUCACCCCGCACCCUCCCCUUCAUCAUCCAGUGCCGCAGACCUCACAGCAACUCCAUCAUGAUCCGCGGAAAACAAAACCCAAUCACUACGUUCCUGAAAACUAUGAGAUAUCGCCGUGCGACUCGCAGCGCCAGUCUCCACACGGACACACGCCGCGGACUCGGACCAACAGUACUCGUAAACGGAAACCAUCGUCCUAUGGAACUGGAAGCGCUUAUGAUGACGACGAAGAAGAUUCAAGAUCCACAACAACUACAACCACGGCGACCACGCGCGGCACUCCCGACAAAAAACAAAAUCAUAGCGAGAUCGAAAAACGGCGACGUGAUAAAAUGAACACUUUUAUAUCGGAACUGAGCGCCAUGAUACCGAUGUGCGGAGCCAUGGCUCGGAAGCUGGACAAGCUGACAGUCCUCCGCAUGGCCGUUCAACACUUGAGGACGGUGCGCGGCGCGCUCUCGGCCUGCCCCUUGACGGCCCGGCCCUGUCCCACUUACCUCACUGAGCGAGAACUAAACGCACUGAUACUCCAGGCGGCUCACGACUGCUUUUUGCUCGUCGUGGGAUGCGAUCGCGGCAGGUUACUUUACGUCUCGGCUUCGGUCAAAAAUAUACUUCAUUACGAUCAAUCGGAACUAUUAGGCCAGAGCCUGUUCGACAUUUUACAUCCAAAGGACGUCGCUAAAGUAAAGGAACAACUAUCAUCGUCAGACCUUAGUCCACGAGAAAGACUCAUCGACGCAAAAACGAUGUUGCCGUUGAAAGCGGAUGUAGUAGCCGGCGCGUCCAGGUUCGGUCCAGGGGCACGUCGGUCGUUCUUCUGUCGGAUCAAGUGCAAAUUAGACACAGAAGAAGUCGAAACUCCCCCGCAGCCAGUCAAGGAGGAGGUGGAGCCGGUGGCCAAGAUGCGGAAGAAACACUCUCACGAGAAAAAAUACUGCGUCGUGCAAUGCACAGGUUAUUUAAAAUCGUGGGCGCCAACGAAGAUGUGUGACGGUGCUAGUGCGGAAGGGGGAGAGGAGAGUGAAGCGUGCAACAUGUCGUGUCUAGUGGCAGUGGGCCGAACCUUGGGUGGUUUAGCUCCCACCACGAACUCUCCGACAUCCAUGCCUCAAACCAGACACCUGCAAUACGUCUCACGACACACUACCGACGGGAAAUUCUUGUUUGUUGAUCAGCGGGUGACCCUCGCGCUAGGAUUCUUGCCCCAGGAGUUGCUGGGCACUAGUCUGUACGAGUACGUGCACGGGCCGGAGCUGGGCGCCGUGGCCCGCACGCACAAGGCCGCGCUGCUGCAGCGCGACGCGCUCCACACCCCGCCCUACUGCUUCCGCAGGAAGAACGGCUCGAUGGCCAGAAUACAAACCCACUUCAAACCGUUCAAAAAUCCGUGGACGAAAGACGUCGAGUGCUUAGUGGCCAACAACACCGUCGUGUCGGAGUCCCAGGUGUCGCUGCAGCAAGACACGACGCAAGCAGCGUUUGAUAUUUACAAGCAAAAAUCGGACGUCGAGAUGCAGCGCCUCAUAGACUCGCAAGUCGAGUCCCAUAAGAUCGGCAGCGCCAUCGCCGAGGAGGCUCUGCGGCGGUCGUCGACUGAUUACUCGCCCGACCUGCCGACCGAGUUGCUGCAAGACGCCGUCUUCAGUCAGCAGUUUUCUCCGCUGCAAGUUGCGCUAGUGGACAACAUCCUCGGGACCGACAGUAGCACUUCAAAUCAGGUUCGCAACAACGUGCCCCUGAGUUCAGUGAGCUCCAUCAGCCCGCCGGCGCCGUCGGUGGAAGAGACGACUCUGUGCGACACCCCCCCGCCGCCUUCCCCCCCGCUGCCUUCCCCCCCGCUGCCGCCCCUGGUCAUGGACGGCAACGGUGAAGCAGCAAUGGCAGUUAUCAUGAGUCUUCUAGAAGCGGACGCAGGUCUCGGAGGGCCGAUCAAUUUUUCAGGUCUUCCUUGGCCUUUGCCCUGAAUUGCCAAACUUGCCAAUUUAAAUAAUUGGCGAUGGAAAGCUGUUGCGGACGUACUUAUGCAGAAAGGACUCCCACAGUCCAUGUAGGUACAUAGUGUAUCGUUUCUAUAAACAAACCGAUAAAUAUCAUGUAGUCUCAGUUACUUACAUCUAAUGCCUAAUUGUUUUUAUUUUAUUUACUAAAGUUUAUAUUAAGGAUUAAUUGUGGGUUUGCAUUUUCGCUGUAACUGCGUCCGAGUGGUCUAUGAUUCAAGAUUUCUUUUCAAGUUUUCAGGAGAAGUGUACAUGGAAUUUUUUUUAUUAAAAUCCGACGAAACUUUCGACAUAAUUUAUUUGUUAUGCGAAGUUAUUCAAAGAGACCACUUUAGAAUUUUGAUUAAAAUCGAGCAGAGCGUCGACUUUAAAAGUUUUUUUUUUAAAUAAAACAAUCUUAGACCACUAGCUUCACCGUCGUCAAUUAUUACUUUAUAAAGUAGCUUCAAUACGGAUGUUAAUGUUUUUGUAAAAUAUCAGUAUACUAAGAGAAAUGUUUAAGAAUUAGAAAAUUUAGGUGUAUCUUACAUCUUC